AUGUGCAAGGCAGGGUUCUCUGGCGACGACGCUCCGCGAACAGUCUUUCCUUCCAUCAUCGGGCGCCCGAAGAUGCCGGGCAUCAUGGUCGGCAUGGACCAGAAAGACCAUCUCGUUGGAGAUGAAGCGCAAGCUAAGCGUGGUGUCCUGGCCCUCAAGUACCCUAUCGAGCACGGCAUCGUGACGAAUUGGGACGACAUGGAGCGAAUUUGGCACCACACUUUCUACCACGAGCUGCGUGCGUCGCCUGAAGAACAUCCGGUUCUGCUGACAGAGGCGCCGCUGAACCCAAAGGCCAAUCGUGAGCGUAUGACUCAGCCCCUUGGUGGCUGCAUAAGUAUAGGGAAUGGGCAAUGGGCAGCGAAACAUCGUUGGCAGUUUCAGAACCAUGUGUGGCAUGCAGCACUCAGGAUCAUGUUUGAGACGUUUGGAGUGCCGGCGAUGUAUGUCGCCAUCCAGGCAGUGCUCUCGCUGUAUUCCUCCGGCAGAACCACGGGUAUUGUCAUGGAUUCGGGAGACGGCGUCUCUCACACCGUGCCUAUCUACGAGGGAUAUGCGCUUCCACAUGCAAUCGCACGCCUGGAUCUAGCUGGCCGCGACCUUACCGAAUACUUGAUGAAGAUCAUGAUGGAGAGUGGCUACUCCUUUAGCAGCAGCGCCGAACGAGAGAUUGUGCGAGACAUCAAAGAGAAGCUCCAUCAUGAUUGGUCAAGUAAGUAUUUCUGGCAGUUGCCGUGGGCAGGCUGGUCUAGUGCACAUUGUUCUUCCGUUGGGUUUUUUUGUGUGCUAAGGAAGCUUUGCUACAUCGCCCUGGACUUUGACAGCGAGAUGAAGUCUGCAGCGGAGAGCAGCGACAAGGCGAAGACGUAUGAGUUGCCCGAUGGCAACAUCGUCUCCUUGCAAAGCGAGCGGUUCCGCUGCCCAGAGGUGCUGUUCCAGCCCAGCUUGGUGGGCAAGGAGGCGAUGGGAAUCCACGACACCACCUUCCGGUCCAUCAUGAGUUGCGAUGUGGACAUCCGGCGCGACCUCUAUCAGAACGUGGUCCUGUCCGGUGGCUCCACGAUGAUGCCGGGCAUCGGCGAGCGCAUGACCAAGGAGCUUUGCGCCCUGGCGCCUUCCACGGUGAAGGUGAAAGUCAUCGCACCUCCUGAGAGGAAGUACAGCGUCUGGAUCGGUGGCUCCAUCCUCUCGUCGUUGAGCACCUUCCAGCAGAUGUGGAUCUCGAAGGCGGAGUACGAUGAGAGUGGGCCCAUGAUCGUCCACCGCAAGUGCUUCUAA